CAAAAUCACCUUGACGUCUCUACCGCCCAUCUCGAGAACCCUUCGUCUCUUACACACACACAACACACCAAAAUGGCACCAUCAAGAGCAGUCUUCCGAAGCGCGUCCACCGCACUCGCCGCCCUCAGAUCCUCCGCCCCCGCGACCCGCACAUUGGCCUCUGCCGCAUCGCGACAAUUGCAUCACCUCUCCUUCUCCCGCCCCGUCGCAACACACACACUACCCACCUUGACCAUCACACCAACUUCCCGCCGCUGGAACUCUUCAGAAGCCGGCGAGGAAUCCGCAGUCGAAGCCCCCGACUACCUAGACGAGAAGGAAUUGCACAUCUUCACAAAGCUCAAGGCUGAAUUAGAGCCCACAAAAUUAGAGGUUCAAGAUGUUAGUGGUGGGUGUGGUAGCAUGUAUGCUUUGGAUAUCGUGUCGGCAAAGUUCAAGGGCUUGUCGGUGAUUAAGCAACAUCGUCUCGUCAAUGCUGUGCUCAAGGACGAGAUCAAGGGCUGGCAUGGCGUGCAGUUGAAGACCAAGGCGCCUUGAUUGGUGCAGUAGCAAUAAGAGCAAGGGACAUCAUGACAAGCCAUGACCUCGACCCAAAGAACCAUCCAGGACGUGCAGACAUUGGAUGGAAGGCUGGUGCUCUCUGUUUGCUUGCCCGACAUAUACGUGAGUUGCCAUAUUCGGAUCACUUCGGUUGACAGCGGUGAGAGAGGCGUAUAGAAGACAUCAGGUAUGUCGCAAUUUUUCUUGUAAAUUAGUGUACAGUAUCAAAAAGGAUCAAAAGAGCCAGAUAGGCCAAAGUAAAUGGAUCCUGCUCGUCUGCAAUCAAAUCAAAAAGCAGCAUCAACAUCGCAUCUCCCCAAUCCACUCGGAUCUCAUUCGAUCCUCACCGAUGUUCAAUUCAACCCCCC